AUGGGAUUCAGGGAACUGCUCCUUCCUGAGAGAAAACACAGAUCAGCAGGAGGAAGGACAGCAGAUGCUGGUGCUGUGUUGGAGGGGAAGUUCUCCUUUUCAAAGAGAGGACAGUACAGUGAGAAGAGAGAUGUAGGUGCCCUUCGCACUUGUCUACAAGGGUAUAUACCCUGGCAGGGUCUUCUGUUCACAGCUUUUCUUUUAACCUCCUGGCUCCUGCCCACCACUCUCCAAGUCACCAUAGAAUUAGUGCCACCCCAAGUGGCUGAAGGAGAAAAUGUCCUUUUUCUUGCUCACAAUCUGCCAGAGAAUCUUAUAGCCAUAGCCUGGUUCAAGGGAGUGACAAAUAUGAAUCUUGGAAUUGCACUGUAUGCACUGGCCUCUAACAUAAGUGUGACAGGGCCUGAACACAGUGGUAGAGAGACGGUGUACAGCAAUGGAUCCCUGCUACUUCAAAAUGUCACCCAGAAGGACACAGAAUUCUAUACUCUACGAACGUUAAAUAGACAUGGAGAAAUUGUAUCAACAACAUCCAUAUACCUCCAUGUGUACACCUUCUUUUGGACCUGUGGACCGCUUUCUCCCUCUGUCCAGCUCACUAUUGAAUCAGUGCCACCCAAUGUUGCUGAUGGGGGAAGUGUUCUUCUAGUUGUUCACAAUCUUCCAGAGAAUCUUCGAGCCUUUUUCUGGUACAAAGGAAUGAUUGUGUCCAGGAAUCUUGAGGUUGCAAGACACAUAAUAGCCACUAAUUUAAGUGUUCAUGGGCCUUUACACAGUGGUAGAGAGACAAUAUAUAGCAAUGGAUCCUUCAUGUUCUACAAUGUCACGUGGAAGGAUACUGGAUUAUAUACCCUAUGAACUCUAAGUACAGAUAUGAAAACAGAAUUAGCACAUGUACAACUCCAGGUGGACACCCCCCUUUCUACAUGCUGUAACCCCCUCACCUUUUCUCAACUCAUGAUUGAACCAGUGUCACAGUAUGCUGUUGAAGGAGAAAGUGUUCUUCUCGUUGUUCAUAAUCUGCCAAAAGGUCUGCACGCCUUUUCCUGGUACAAAUCAGUGUAUGGGGCUGAGAUAUUGAAAAUCACAGAAUACAGCAGAGCCAUGAAUUCCACCACAUGGGGAAGUGAACUCAGCAGAAGAAAGAUUGUGUACACUAACGGAUCCCUGCUGCUUCAGAAUGCCACUGAGAAAGAUGCAGGAAUGUACACACUUGAAACUUUAAGCAGAGAUUUCAAAAUUGAAAAAGCACAGGUGCAAUUAUAUGUAAACAAGCCUGUGUCACAGCCAUUCAUUCAUGUCACCAAUACUACAGUCACAAUACAGAGCUCUGUGGUCCUCACCUGCCUCUCAGCUGACACUGGAAUAUCCAUCCACUGGUUCUUCAAUAAUCAGAGUCUGCAGCUUACAGAGAGGAUGGCACUAUCCCCAACAAAGUGCCAACUCAUCAUAGAUCCUGUCAGGAAGGAGGAUGCUGGAGAGUAUCAAUGUGAGGUCUCCAAUCCUGUCAGUUUGCAGAUUAGUCUCCCAGUCAGCCUGGCUGUGAUUAAUGAGUGACUCCUCUGCUCAUCCUAUAAAUGAAUGAGGGCAUUUUUUAUUGAUAGGGUACAUAAUGGAGUAAAGUUAUAUGGUGAAAAUUGUCAGUUACCACUCAGGUACAGCCAGUAUUGUGAGUCA